AUGAGCUUCGCAAACAUGUUGAACAAGCUGUCUGGCCAGCCAGAGAGCUAUGAGAAAAAGGCCCUUUAUAAAUUCGGCCGGACGCUCGGUGCAGGCACAUACGGAAUUGUGCGGGAGGCGGAAACUAGCGAUGGAAAGAAGGUUGCGGUCAAGAUUAUCUUGAAGAAGAAUGUCCGCGGGAAUGAGGGCAUGGUCUACGAUGAGCUGGAGAUGCUACAGAAGCUCAAGCACCCGCACAUUGUCUCCUUUGUGGAUUGGUUCGAGUCCAAGGACAAAUUCUAUAUUGUCACUCAACUAGCCGUGGGUGGGGAGUUGUUCGACCGGAUCUGCGAUUACGGAAAGUUCACUGAGAAGGAUGCUUCGCAAACUAUUCGCCAGGUGCUUGACGCGGUUGACUACCUGCACAAGCGCAACAUCGUCCACCGAGACUUGAAACCCGAGAACCUUCUUUACCUCACACGCGCACCCGACUCGGAGCUGGUGCUUGCCGACUUUGGUAUCGCAAAGAUGUUAGAGAACCCGACCGAAGUCCUCACUAGCAUGGCAGGAUCCUUCGGCUAUGCUGCCCCAGAGGUUAUGCUCAAGCAGGGCCACGGAAAGGCUGUCGACAUGUGGUCGCUGGGCGUCAUCACCUACACUCUCCUUUGCGGCUACUCGCCCUUCCGAUCCGAAAACCUGACCGACCUGAUCGAAGAAUGCCGUACGGGCCGCAUUAUAUUCCACGAGCGUUAUUGGAAGGAUGUCUCUCAAGAUGCGAAGGACUUUAUUCUUACCCUCCUGCAACCGGAUCCCCACAAGCGUGUGACCUCCGAGGAGGCGCUUAAGCACGAGUGGCUGACCGGAGAAUCUGCCAGCGACCGCGAUCUGCUGCCCGAGAUCCGUGCCUACAUUGCCCGUGCCCGUCUCCGCCGCGGUAUCGAGAUUGUCAAGCUCGCCAACCGCAUCGAGGCACUCAAGAUGCACGAAGAAGACGGGGAGGAAGAAGAUAUCCCCAGUCCGAUGGCCAUGGCUGCGGACAGCGCUGCCGCUGAACCCAUCGAGAAUGCUGACGCCACUACCCCAACGACCAAGAAGCGCAGUCUUAGCAAGGUUGCUCGUGGAGCUAUCUUCCGAGAAGUUGUCUUGGCAAAGGUUCGUGAAGCCAAGGACAACGAGGAGCGGGAGAAGGUCGAACGAGAGGCCCGGGAGAAGGCAUCGCAUCAUUAA